UGAAAAUUUCGUACAACAAGUCAGUACCACCAUGCAGAAACAUUUAUCUCAGCAUACCCCAGGCCGUCAAACCGCUGGUAGAAGAACGUCUCCAACAAUUAGUCAGUUCCAACAUCAUUGAAAACGUAACGCAGGACAUGGACACCUCGUUUUGUUCCUCCAUGAUCGUGGUUCCAAAGGGCAAGCACGAUAUACGCCUUGUGAUAGAUUUAAGAGGACCUAAUCAGUACAUUUAUCGUACACCAUUUAGUAUGCCAACGCUGGAGAGCAUUGUCGCAAACUUGAACGGAGCUAAGUAUUUUUCUACAAUCGACCUGAGCAAUGCAUUUUUCCAUGUGGAGCUCGAUGCAGAAUCACGCCACUUAACAAACUUCUUUACCGAGUUCGGCAUGUUCCGUUGUGUGCGACUGCCAUUUGGCUUGUGCAAUGCUCCGGACCUGUUUCAGGAGAUAUUGCAGAGACAAAUUCUUGGUGGAUGCAAAGGAGUUGAAAAUUAUCUCGACGAUGUACUGGUUCAUGGAAGAACGAAAGAGAAACACGACGCCAAUUUGGCAGCAGUACUUGCCAGACUGAAGGAACACAACGAAUCAAAAUGCGUGUUUGGAAGCCAAUCCGUUGAGUUCCUGGGGUUUGUUCUUACUCCUGACGGGUGGCAGAUCGAUGACGAGAAGUUGACAGCUAUAAAAGGUUUCAGAAGGCCGGAGAACCGGGGAGAAGUAAACAGCUUCCUCGGCUUAGUGACAUUCAUCGACCGCUUCAUAAUUAACCGUGCAGAUAAAACCGAAAAGCUAAAAGCACUGGCAAAUGCUGAGGAUUUUUAUUGGACUGAGGAGGAGGAACGAGAAUUUCGUUUUUUACAAGAUGGUGCUCUGAAUACUGUGAAGACGCUCGGAUACUACAGUCCUACAGAUGCUAUUGAACUGUAUGUAGAUGCCUCGCCUAUUGGCUUAGGAGCGGUUUUGGUGCAAUUUGACCAAGCUGGUGUGCCGAGGGUUAUAGCUUGCGCUUCGAAGUCAUUAACCUCUACAGAGAAAAAAUACCCCCACACACAUAAGGAAUCAUUAGCCGUUGUGUGGGGUGUGGAACGAUUUUCGUCGUAUCUGCUAAGCCGCAGCUUCACCAUAAGAACUGACGCAGAGGCAAAUGAAUAUAUUUUCGGAGGUACUCAUCGCGUAGGAAGACGGGCUGUAGCACGAGCGGAUACGUGGGCCCUCCGGUAGCAGCCACACGAUUUUGUGAUAAGAAGAGUCCCGGGAGAGUCUAAUGUGGCCGAUGCACUCUCAAGGCUGAUAGAUAAAUCGCAAAAGGCAGUUCCGUUCGAGGAGGAAGACGAUAAUCAUUUUCUGUUCGCAAUUGACACAGGUUCGUUGAAUGUGACGUGGGAGGAGAUUGAACUCAACUCAGAGGGUGAUGAUGAGCUACAACUGUUGCGCGCUGCCAUCGAUAACGAUUCUUGGCCACCGGAGCUUCGGAAAUUCGAAGCUCAAAAGAAAUAUCUUCGCACACUAGGAUGUCUCAUUUUCAAGGAAAACCGAGUCAUCUUACCACAUGGUCUGCGUCAACGUGUCAUGCAGACAGCUCAUGGUGGCCACAUCGGCGAAGUCGCUAUGAAACGCAUCUUGAGGGAAUAUUUCUGGUGGCCAAGAAUGUCCUCUGAUGUGGAAUGCUUCGUUCGAAAGUGUGAAACAUGUCUCCAGCUUGCUAAGAAGAACCCGCCUGUUCCACUUUGUAGCAGAGAAUUGCCAGAGGGUCCUUGGCAAAUCCUUCAAAUUGACUUCCUUAGCGUCCCCGGAUUUGGAUCUGGCGAAUUCCUGGUGGUCGUCGAUACCUACUCGCGGUACAUUUCAGUGGUUGAAAUGAAGCUGAUGGAUGCAGAAAAUACCAACGCGGCACUAUGUGAGGUAUUUCAACGAUGGGGCUGUCCACUCAUUCUUCAGAGUGAUAACGGCCCUCCGUUCCAGGGCGCACCAUUCAUCAAGUUCUGGGAAGACAAAGGCGUUAAAGUGCGUAAAUCGGUCCCACUAAGUCCUCAAUCAAAUGGGGCCGUAGAACGCCAGAACCAGGGCAUCACGAAAGCACUUGCAGCGUCUAAAAUUGAGGAAACCAACUGGAGGCGUGCUCUUCAGCUAUACGUCUAUAACCAUAACAAUUUGGUUCCACAUUCAAGACUCCUAGUAACGCCAUUCGAACUGAUGUGUGGGUGGAAAUUCCGCGGGCAUUUCCCAUGUCUGUGGGAAAACACUUGCAAGCGACUAGAUCGGGCCGAUGUACGCGAAAAGGAUGCUGAAUCGAAAUUAAUCAGCAAAAGCGAUGCAGAUUCAGCAAGAGGAGCUAAACAUUCCGACAUCAAAAUUGGUGACACGGUCUUACUGGCUCAAGCCCGGAAGUCUAAGACUGAUCCACUUUUCUCACAAGAUCACUUCAAAGUUGUAGCUAGAGAUGGUCCAAAAGUUGUGGUGAUUAGUAGAAAUGGAAUCCAGUACGCUCGCAAUAUACAAGACGUUAAAAAAGUUGAUGCGACUGCGGGUGCAGAUGAAUCACCGGCUGGGGAAAACGUUUCUACAAGUGCAGCUCCUUCAAGUGAUGCUGAAGGUCGUGUAAAAAACACUGGAAACGACGAUACAUCAUCCGGAUCUGAUGCAGCAGUGGACCAUCAACCAUGUCGGAACAAAGGACUGCGCAGACGAGAAAUCAUCAAGAAGCCCAGCAGAUACGAUUUGAUACGUUUUGAAAUUGGUCGCAAAUUGGCGAAGAUAUGGGCCUAAAAAAUGGCAUGUUUUUGAGGGGGUGACCCCUAACUUUUGAACGGGAGUGUAUAUUCUGAAGAUAGUUGGAUACGGUGAAUGCUUACCGGGACUUCAAUCGUCUGAUGAAAACGCAGUUCCGAAGGUCUUCGAAGUGAGAUGAUUUCGUUUGACUUGAACAAAAAAGUUGAACAUGUUCAGCUUUCGUUCAAGUCAAGCCAGUUCCUCAACUGAGAUGAACGAUGGUGUUUACACGUUCAAUUCGCAUUCAAUUGGGCAUUUUCCAUUGACUUGAAUCAAAUCACUUGCUCCAUGUAAACCAGGCAUUACAUGGUUACCACCAGGCGGUGAGUGGUCCUGAGAGUGAUCACCGAAAGGCUGCCAUAAACGACGAAUUGAAGUCGCUGCGACUCGGAUUCAAGCAUGCGGAAGCUAACCGUGCCUAAUUGUGCGGAAGAAGAACGACAGCACAGUGUGUAUCCUCGUCUAUGCUUUCGAUAUGCUGGUCUUCACCUCCAGACAAGGAAUACGACGGGAUUGUGAAGGCCUUGACUAGAUAGUUCCAAAUAACAACGGUUGGAGAGGUGAAGCAUAUGACGAAAAAAGGUAUCGCCUACUUCCUGGACAAGCUGGU